UCGACCUCUUCCGGCGAGUGUUCCUAUAAAACCAAAGAGUCUUUUCAAUCACAAUUAUACACUUAUUAUCUGUUCCACCAUGAAGACCAUCAUGAGGACUGCCCUGCUGGUCUGCAUGCUCCUCGCAGCGCUCCAGUUCGCUCAGGCGAGCCCGAGGCCGAACCUCUCAGCUGCCCUGACGGAAACUAAGGUUACCAGUUUAUCUGCCACGUGCAUCGCUCAAAUAUUUUUCAAAUUCUUUGAGGAUGUGAAAUAUGUGAUGUACACUUGCGACGACCUGGCGAGGAAGAACCCAUCCCUGCCGUUUAUGAUCACGUUCCCCAUCUGCGCCGUCAUCGCUGGAGGAACAGACUUCAUUCGCAUUGCAAAGGACGUGUCCGAGACAUGCUGAGACACUACGUUACCGACAGCCUGUUGUUGUUCAAGUACACUCUUGUCUUGUUUCUGAAAUUAAAAUGUACUUGACUUGACUAGA